UCAACUUUGAUGCGCUCUUCAAAUUUUCCCAUAUAACCCCCUCCACACAGCAGCACCUGAAGAAGGUCUAUGCAAGUUUCGCCCUCUGUAUGUUUGUGGCGGGUGCGGGAGCCUAUGUCCAUGUGGUCACUCAUUUCAUCCAGGCUGGCCUGCUCUCUGCCAUCGGCUCCCUGGGGUUGAUGGUUUGGCUGAUGGCAACACCUCAUAGCCGUGAAACCGAGCAGAAAAGACUGGGACUUCUUGCUGGAUUUGCUUUCCUUACAGGAGUUGGCCUGGGCCCUGCUCUGGAGCUGUGCAUUGCUGUCAACCCCAGCAUCCUUCCCACUGCCUUCAUGGGCACGGCGAUGAUCUUCACCUGCUUCACCCUGAGUGCGCUCUAUGCCAGGCGGCGGAGCUACCUCUUUCUGGGAGGUGUCUUGAUGUCGGCCAUGAGCCUGAUGCUCUUGUCUUCCCUGGGAAAUCUCUUCUUUGGAUCCAUUUGGCUUUUCCAGGCAAACCUGUACAUGGGGCUAGUGGUCAUGUGUGGCUUUGUCCUUUUUGAUACUCAACUCAUUAUUGAAAAGGCUGAAAAUGGAGAUAAGGAUUAUAUCUGGCACUGUGUUGACCUGUUCUUGGAUUUUGUUACCCUCUUCCGAAAACUCAUGAUGAUCCUGGCUAUGAAUGAGAAGGACAAGAAGAAAGAGAAGAAGUGAAAUGACCAUUCAGCCUUCCCUCUCCCUCCGCCCCUCAUUUCCUCUUUGCACACAUUACAGGUGGCGUGUUCUGUGAUAAUGAAAAGCAUCAGAAAAGCUUUUGUACUUUGUGGUUUUCUCUCUUUUGAAUUUUUUGAUCAAAAAACUGAUUAGCAGAAUAUAGUUUGGAGUUUGGCUUCAUACUCCUGGGGUUUUUCCCCACUCUCUUCUCUGUCACCCUGCCUCUUCAUCUGCUCAGGCAGCCAGGCCACCACCAAGGAGCAGGACCAGCAGAGCGAGUGGACCCAGGAGGCCGCCUCCCACCCAGCUUCACCAGGAUUCAGCUGCGUGCAGCCCCGCCUCGCCCUUCCUCCUCAGCAUUGUUCGGGUUGUGCACAGCCCCUGUGGGACGAGGCGGUGCAUUUCCCCUUGGAAAGAGGUUUGCUGGCCCGCUGUUUCCUCGGGCUCAUUGUAUCCGAGCUAUCAGCCCCUGCAGAGAAGACGAAGAGCCUCCUGGUGGAUGGCUUCCUCCAAGCUGCCCACGCUGGUCUGGCAGACAUACCCUCCUGCCUUGCCAUCGCAGAACUGGAUGUGUGCGUGCCCCAUGCCACCCCUCGCCUGCCCUCAGGGAAUCUGCCUGCUUCCCAUCCCUGGGGUGGGAGGAUCUCAACACCGAGGGAACACCAUUCUUGUCAGACAUUAUGGAAAGGCUGGUUACGUGUGGCAGGGCAUGGCAUAGAAUCCCCAUUUUUAAGGGGGUUUUAAAAAUUGGUUAUCACAGUAGUUGCUGAAUGGCUUUUGCCAAGUGGCCGUGAUUAAAGCUCCCAAGAAAAGAAGAGUGGGGAGGGGAAUGGCCAACCUCUGCGCUGAUUGUAACAAUCAUGCCUGACGAACUAGGUAAGGGGAACACCAUCUCUUCCACCAGCUGAAUGGUUCCUCAUUCAGGUCAACAGAACAGACUGCCGACUCAAGAGGCAGCAUUCUCAACAGUCUAUUGGACAUUUUUGUCUAUCCCCACCUGGACACUCUGAUGGUGUCAGGCCAGAGGCUCCAGCAGCAGAUAAAUGUUCAUUUACAGAAGCAAGUCAGUCUUUGGUCGUUCACCUGUUUCCAGAAAUCAGCAGCCUUCUAGGCAGGAAUGAGGUGACCAGACCUGCAAGAGUCACGAUUCCCUGCAGCUUUGGGGCCGUAGUGUGGGUGGACAGGCCUGAUGGGGAUCACUGGCCGGGGGUCUGCCACUGUCGGCUGGCACAGAAGGGGGUAGUGUCAGGAGUGGUGUGGCUCCAGCGUAAGGGGACAGCGCUGUCCAAAGCCUGUUACCAGUAGGUACCAGUUUGACCUCGCAGAUUGUCACUCCCAGUGCCUGGUUUGCCAGUGAUUGUGGGUUCCCAGCAUGCCAUGGUGCCAUACCAUCCCUGACACAUCCCAGGCUACGUAUCCCUGGGCACGCCGCCACAAUGGCUCGCUUCUCCUGAGGGUGCCAACCCUCCACUCUGCUGCCUCCAGCCUCUAGCCUGAGACCUGGGUAAAGGGACUUCAUUCCUGUGAAGCCCCCACUAGCAAAUCCCCCUCACUUUGGUGAUUCUCUGUCAGGCCUGAGAAUCUCAAUUACAUCUCUUGAAGCCAAACUCCACCUCUUGUGCUUUUUUGCUUGGGAUAAAGGAGUUUUUCUUUAGAAACAGUGCCAAGAAUGACAAGAUAUUAAAAAAAAAAAACUACUUUUAAAGAAAAUGCCUAACAGGUUUUUAAUACAGUUAUCACUGUAAUUACAACUUUCUUUUCUAGUUCCUUGGUUUUCAGCUCAGGCUGCAUUCUCUAACUCAUACUGUGAAGACAAAGGUGUUUUUGAUUCAGAAAUAUAUGAAAUCUACAUAGUCUUAAUUUGUAAAAAAUAAAGAAAAUUCCUUAACCUUU